AUGCACCCCACCAAGAAUGUAGAAGAUAGCAACAUGGACAAAAAACUCCAAUACGUUAAAAAAGAGCUGCUCCGAAGGGAAAUUCCUCCAGUCUUGUUGGUGCUGCUGCUUCUAGCUGUGCUGCUCCUGAAUUUCCUUCUGUACAUGCAUCUCAACAAUUUCUCCAUCACCACCGGGCAGCCUGACGUGGACUCCAGCCUCUGCCCAUUUGGGUACUUCAGAUUAGGACCAUUGAAAAAUUGCUCGCCGUGGCUGUCUUGUGAAGCCAUAAAUACAGAAGUCAGGAAACUGAAGUGUGUUGGUGAAGGGGCUGUGAAAAAGGUCUUUCUUUCUGAAUGGAAGGAAAACAAAGUAUCCCUUUCCCAGCUCGCCAACUCAGAGCUGAAAGAAGAUUUUCUUCAUGGACUGAAGAUGCUGAAGUCUCUCCAGAGCAAGUAUGUUGUCAGACUGCUUGGCUAUUGCGAGAAGCAGUUCACAGUCCUUACCCAGUAUCACCCGUUAGGCUCCCUGAAGAGCCUGAAUGAAAUGCUGGACCUUCCCAGAUAUAAGGGCUUGAAUACUUGGCAUCGCAGAUUCAUGCUCGCAAUAGACUAUGUGAGCAUCAUCCAUUAUUUGCACAACAGUCCUUUGGGCACCUUAGUAAUGUGUGAUUCCAAUGACUUGGACAAGCUGUUAUCGCAGUAUCUGCUGACAAGUGACUUUCACGUUCUGGUGAAUGACUUGGAUGCCUUGCCUCUCGUGAACAAGAGCGCUGGCAGGCUGGUGAAGUGUGGCCAUCGGGAGCUCCAAGGCGAGUUUGUAGCUCCUGAACAGCUUUGGCCCUAUGGGGAGGAGGUGCCAUUUGAAGACGACCUCAUGCCUCCAUAUGACGAGAAGACGGACAUAUGGAAAAUCCCUGAUGUCGCCAAUUUUUUCUUGGGCCACGUUGAAGGGAGUGAUAUUGUCAGGUUCCAUUUGUUCGACAUCCAUGCUGCAUGUAAGAAGAAGAACCCAGCUGAAAGGCCUUCCGCCCAGAUGGUCAUGGACACAUACAGGAAAACGUUAACGUUGCUGCUCAGAGAGGCUGCCAUGCCUGGUACCAGGGAAAUGUUAUAA